AUGGUUUCAACGUGGUAUGAGAUUACAGAAACAUGUAGAAGAAGUUAUGAUGCUACAUCACUUGAUCUUGGUCCAGAAAUAUUUUCGUUUACGGAAGAAUCUUCUGCGAUUGCUAUUUCCAAAUCUCAUAAGCACUAUCUUCUUCGACCAGAAACAGUAGAAUCCUACUUUUAUUUAUGGCGACUCACUAAAGAUCCUAAAUACCGUAAUUGGGCAUGGGAUGUAGUCCAGGCUCUUGAUAAUUAUGCUCGUACAGAUGCAGGUUUUUCUGGCAUUGAAGAUGUCUACUCAUCUCGACCGGUUCAUGAUGAUGUGCAACAGUCCUAUUUCUUAGCAGAAACAUUGAAGUAUCUUUAUUUAAUAUUUUCUGAGGACACUUUAUUACCGCUUGAUAGAUGGGUGUUCAACUCUGAGGCACAUCCGUUACCUGUUCAAAAUAAAGUGAAACUUACUAAAGCUUAG